CCCUAGACGCAGCAGAGAAACUCAGAAGGCGGAGUCGCGGAGAUAGAGAAAGAGGAAGAGAAGUAGUGGUUUGUUUUUCGGUCUUCUGUGGUAAGAAAGGAAAAGAUGAAAUCUUCAAUUGAAAUUGAAUACAAGGAGGGUUCGAUGGUUGCAACACAAGAAAACAGCAAUGCCAAGAAGGAGAAGGAGAAGGAGAAGGAGAAGAAGAGCAUAAUGAAAGAGGACAGACUCAGCAAUUUGCCAGAUGAAGUGAUCCAUCGCAUACUUCCCUUUGUGGACGCAAAAACAGCAGUUCAAACAAGUGUUCUGAGCAAACGAUGGAGGUACCUUUGGACUUCCCUUCAAAUUCUCAAUUUCCAUGACCAAUCCUUCUAUAGUCCGCACUUUUUCCAAGGUUUCGUGGACGAUGUAUUGUCACGCAGAGACGCUUCCAUCAAUGUCUACAUGCUGAAACUUGUGUGCGACAAUAAAGUAGAUUAUGGGUACAGCAUAGAUUCCAUCAUUGAUUAUGUUAUACCUAGGGGCAUUCAGGUUCUUAGCAUCUUUGCUCCACGUUUUAUAAAGAAACUACCCCAACUCUAUGCUUGUCAAUCCCUCACUACCCUCAAGCUGGCAGACAUAGCAUUUGAGACCAGAACCUUUGAUUUUGUUUUCCUGAAAAAUUUGUAUCUUUUUGAUUGCCUGUUCGAGUAUGGUGUCGAAGAGGUGAUUGAUCCUUUCAGGGGUUGUGCUAAUUUGAGAUGUCUGUUCCUACAUGGUUGUCAAUUCGAUGGCAUAAUUAAGAGGUUUAAAAUCUCUGCUCCUCUGCUCACGGAUUUGCUUAUAUCGUAUAUGAGAGUGGAUCAACUGUUUGGUCCAGACUGUGUGAUUGAGCUUUUUACGCCAAAGCUCCAAUCUUUUAGCUAUCAUGACUCGUUUCUUUAUGAUUUUUCUACUAAGGUGAACCUUCCCUUUGUGGAGAAAGUGAUGAUUCAUGUGGGCGGUUUUGAUCUCUCUGAUGAAUUGAACAAGGCCACUAAUUUGUCUCUUCAGCUGAUUGAAUUGUUUGAAGUGAUGGGGAGUGCCAAGUUUGUAUCCUUAUCACCUGAUAUCAUUAAAGUUCUGUCCAUGUUUCCUGCUCUACUUGUUGGUCGGUCUUCUCCUUUCACUAAAGUGCAGAAUUUUCAGUUGAAAAAAUAUAGACCUUCCAUACCUACGAAUGUCAUGGCCUUCUUGUUUGGUGGAUCUUCUUGAUUCGAUUGCUCUUGAUGGGAAGGUAUGGAAAGCAUUUGGAUCCUCUGCUUGUUCUUGAAUAAAACUAUUGGAUCUUCUUGAGAAGAGAAAGACACAUGUUCUAUCAUCAACCAUGAUUGGUUAUAGUAUUCACCAGUUAUACUCCUGCCAUGUGCAGGGUCUAGGGAAGGGUCUAUAAUAGGCACCCUUACCUUGUUUAUUUUGCAAGACCUUUGGGUCUUAUGGUGACAACAUCAACCCUUGUGGCAAGGGGCCUUUCUGGGUCUAUACUAUUUACCAGUUAUAUUAAAAAAAAUAUGUCUUUCUCUCUAUAAUUGGGACCAUAUCUUGUUAUUUAGACUGGGAGGGGAUCCAAGUCCAUUUAAUAAGCCUUACAUAGUUUUCUUUUAGCACUUAUCAUAAAUGUAGAACAUUGAUAUGCUGAUUAAUUGUCAUAUUGCUUUACGGAAAUGCAAAUGUUUAUUUUUAAGGUCAAAAUUACUUGGAAAGAAAGAGCUUGGAACAUGUGGUGUUAAAAAAGCUCGAUGAACAACAAUAAUUGAUCCAAUUAAGGUAUCAUUUAUAAGGGUUUGAUUUUAUCCAUGUCAAAUGAUUAGACAAAGUUUAUGUUGAUUGUGGACUGCCUAACAUAUCUCUUGGGACCAGUGAUGUAAAGUAUUGGCAAAGAUGGUUUGGUCAUGUAAGGAGAAGCUCUGGUAGAAAAUUCAAUCAAAUAACAGAAUUGAUGGUUUGGUCAUGAAAGGAGAAGCUCUGGUGAGAAAAUUCAAUCAAAUAAAAGAAUUAUUGUCCGAGUAAAAGGACAGAGGAAACCAAAAAAAAAAAAAAAAAGGUAGGGGAAGACUGAAAACUUUUAUGAGAAAUCAUUAAAAGAUCUUGCUCUAAAUGGUUUUAUUGUAAAACAUGAUCUUUGAAAGAAUCCAAUGGCAUUGAUUAUAAUCCAUGUAGCCAACUCCAUCUCCAGGGAUAAGGCAUCAUUGUUAUUGUUGUAUUUAGGUUCGAUUUGAUUUGUUAGGAAGUAUGUCACAUGAUACUUGUUUCAUGGCUAAAACUGCGUCACCUCUGUCCUCAUUGAUAUAAUUUCUGCUUCCAAAACUGGUACUAGGCCGUAUAUCUUACUGCUAAUUAAUUAGCAAGUGCAACAGUGAUAAAACUGGGACAUCUCUUUGAUGUUUUGAAAUCUGGAUGGUACUGAGCAGUUAUCUAUUUAUCAGCCCUGCUUUCAGUAAUCAAAACAUAGCAUUGACAAAAAAGAAAAAAGAAAGAACAAAAAGAUGUAACAUGGCCAUAAUUUUUUUGCCUGAUUUUUUAAUAGUGAUUUGGCAUGCUUGUUGACUCUUGAAUGGGAGAGUGAUUCCUUCUACUUGAUUUCAUCCAGUAACUAUCUUUGAAUCUAGUUGAAUUUUAUCAGAAUUUUGGCUAUAUAGCAUUACCCUAAAACUCGCUAUUUAAUUUUGACCCUUAUGGAUCAUAUGCUAGAAUAUUGCUUCAAAAGGCUUGCAGAGAGCACGUAUCGGUAUACUUUAUAGCCACGUUGAA